AUGAACACUAAAGUCUCAAAUUUGAUCCGUCNAGAGAGAGAGAGAGCAGAAUUACACAAAACUAGGUCGAAAUUGAAAUUAAUUGGGGGAAUAGCGAAGAACCUAGUUGUAGUAGAGCUCGAGGCCCAUGCCGUCGUGGACCUCGUAGUCCUUGAGGGUGAUGUGGUUGUUGUAGAUGGUGCACCACUUAUGGAUCGUGAUCUUGUCGGCGCGUGUGCCGGUCUGUGCGGCAACUACCUUCUUGAGUGUCCGAUGGUGUCGUCCUCGUUGCACUUUCUUGCCCAAGCAGUCGUUGAGCACGAGCUCAGUAACUUGGUGGGUUCAAGUGGCUUUUGCCGGCGACGACGAGAUGCAUGGAGAGAGAGAUAA